AUGUGUUUCCUUAGGAGAGAAGCUUGUAUCUGCGGCCACAAAGAUCAUGUGACAUUUUCUGAACGAUGUGUAGAGUUAGAUAGCCUUCAAGUUGGAGGUGCCCACAAAGUCACGGUCCUACCUGGCAUUAUCCACACUGAAAACAUCUGCAGAAAAUGUACUCACAAAAGUAUGGGAAGUGGAAAUCGUGAAUGGAUCGCUCGCAAUACCCCUCCUAUAGAAAAGCAAAUCAACACUUUAGCUAGAGAGACCUGCAAGUGCGGUCAUUUCGGAGAUUGGCAGAUCUAUAGCCAAGACCAAUAUCUACACAAGUGUCGUCUUGGAGAGCAUUCCAUGAAAGCUAUUCAUGUGAGCUCCAACAUUGUUUGGGACCCUUUCGUCGCACCCAGUGGCACUGAUACCAUUCGAGAAAGGUGUUUCGCAUGCACUAGAGCUAGCAGACCUAACGCGGAAAAUGAAUUCUGGGAUCGAAAUAGCCCUCGUAGUAGAGCCCAAUCAGCCAGACUAGCCCCGCCUAUCAGAACCGCUCAAACUUUUGAUGUCAUUGAAAGACGUCUCGGUCUGGCAGAUGGUGCGAGGAAAGCGAAUUUGAUCCAGAAAACCAGGGACAUUUUCCGAGGGUCUUCAAAAUAA